GAUCCAAGACGGCGGCGGGAGUGUUUCGGUGCUUCUCAAAGCUAAACGGCCUCGUUAUUGUUUUGUUUUUCGGCGUGUGCGUAAAAAAAUUGACAAAAAAAAAUGGAUUGACGCGCUCGCGAGAAGGGAAGAGUGCAUAGUGUCCAAUUGGUAAACGAUGCAAGACACUGAGGUCGUCAGCCCAAAGUCCGAGAUGUCUCCGUACCUCGUCUCCUCAAAAUACGGGAGUCCGUGCUCGAGUAGAUCGCAAAGCCCUUGCUUACCGGAAAAUCAUCAAACUGAUCUAACGGUCCACGAAGAUUCAACUAACAAGUUCUUAUCCGACGAUGAAAUCAGCGUAGGAUGUCCAUCCCCGGCUUUGACUUCGCCCCAAAGAAUGACUGCCAGUCCAACAACAUACAGACAUCAUCAUCACCACCAUGAAGAUCAUUCGGACGGUGAAGAUUAUUUCAAACCAUUAAAACGACUCAAAAUGGUUAACAUUGAUGUUGAAAGGCGAAUAUCACCAACGGUGGAAGUUGAAGAUCGAGGAGCUGUUGGAGUUAAAAGUUUCUCCAUAAUGGACAUCCUCAACCAUCGACCAUCUUCAAAAUCACAAGGUGGUACCACAAAAAUCGUGAGACCGUGGGAUUUGGAUCCGGAAAUUGAAGCUCAACAAAGUUUCGAACGUUUUCAUCGGCACCUAAAAGCCCAACAGCUCGCGCUUCUUAGACCGGAAUUCGCGAACUUCGCUAAUGCUAGUUACGCGUCAGAAACUGGUAGUGACCGGUCUUCUAGUGUGGCCAGUGACUGUUGUUCGCCGGAUAUUCUACAGAAUUCCGCGCACCAAAGACAAAGGCAAAAUCAACAACAGAAACAACAACCAGGAGGGACUCCUUUGGAUGCACUCUUUCAAAUGACUUCUAAGACUUUUGAUUCAAGUACUGGUGAAGCUAGUUCAGAUGGGCAGAGUCACCUAAACCUUUUCAAUUCGAGACAACAGCCGAAAAAGAAAAGAAAAUCAAGAACGGCGUUCACCAAUCAUCAAAUUUUUGAAUUGGAGAAACGAUUCUUGUAUCAAAAAUAUCUAAGUCCGGCCGAUAGAGAUGAGAUUGCCUCCAGUUUGGGAUUAACCAACGCCCAGGUGAUAACGUGGUUUCAAAAUCGGCGGGCGAAACUUAAACGGGACAUGGAAGAAUUAAAAAAAGACGUGGAAAGUACGAAAAUGUUAACGGCGCACAAGAGUUUUUUAGAGAACGUUCAAGAUUUGGGGUUGUUAAAAAAAAAAGCUUUGGUUAGCGACGAUGAUUGUCCGAAGAACUUGGUGAUAUCACCCGAGAAAUAGUUCUCUUAUUUACUUUUAUUUCGAGUCGUGUUUUGUGAUUGAUCGUGUACAUACAAAAAUUUUAAAUAAAUUGGAUGGACCGAGAAUGUGUGCUCCUGAGAUUACGUACUUAAAAAGUUGUUCGCCUUUUACAAUUUUUUUUAUUAUUUUUUUUAUACGAACUAUUUAUCUAUUAAUUAAUAAUUAUAAAUAUGUAGACAUCGAAAGGUUUUAAGACGAAAAACAUGUACAAAUGUGUAAAUAGGUAGUGAUAAAAUAAGUUAUUUCAAUUUAUUAAAAUUGUAAGAGAGAGAGAAAAAUGUGUCCAUAUUAGUUAAAAUGUUUUAACAACAAAUACUUGGUGUUAUUAUUGCUACAUAAAAGAAAAGUUUUACGUUUCAUUUCUUCUGGUUUUUGGCCUUUAAAAUAAUCUAGAAAGAAAACGUACAAAACUAAACAAAAUAAUUUUAAUUUUUUCCAAACAAAAAAAAAUUAUAUUUCUUUUUACAUUUUCUAACGGGUACUUGCAAUAUAUUACUAAAUAAUUUUAUUUUUCGUUCUUUUAUACAAACUUAACGUAAAACUGCGAUUAACAUUACGAAGAUUUUAAAGAUUUAAAUAGUAAAAAAACUUAUUUGUUGUAUAUAAAAUAAAUAAUCCUAUUAAAAUUAUUGUAUAAAAGAAUCCCCCUUUUUUCUCUUUAUCGCUAUUAUAUAUGUGAAAUAAACAUAUUCCAAAUGAAA